ACACCAAUCCCUGAGCUUCAUCAGACCGCCGUGUUUUGCAGCCAGCCUCUGUCUCGUCCCACUCACACUCUGUCAGAGCGCGUUGACAGCCAGUGGCCACUGAUCAGCCCACUUUGUCGGGUUUGUGUUUCCAUGUAAGACAGCUGAAAAAGAAGCUCUAAUUCUCGCUUUUUCUAUUAUUUGCAAGACAAGCAUACGCAACAGAACAGCGAGCCCGUCCACGACAAAAAGCCUCUAAGUAUUUUUUAGACUCAUCACUGUCUCACAGCUCCGUGCACAAUGUCUGGAGAGGACGCACCUGCCCAGCAGCAAAACGCCGUGGACCAGAAGCAGGAGACCAAACCCACCGAGGAGCCUAAAGCCGAGGCGCCAAAGACGGAGCCCGCAGAAGCCGGCGCCGCCGAGGCAGCGGCAACCCCAGCGACGGCCAACGAGAAGGUCCUCGUGGAGGAGGCGUUCACCUACCGCGCCCUGGUGCUCACCGGCUACGGGGGCUAUGAUAAAGUCAAGAUGCAGGUAAAGAAGGGAAAGCCGGCGCUCAAGCCUGACGAGGUCCUGGUACGGGUCAAGGCUUGCGGGCUGAACUUCGCAGACCUGAUGGCUCGACAGGGGCUGUACGACCGGCUGGCCACCCCCCCCCGGAGACAAAAGAGGCGAAAUGAAAAGUAUAUGCAAGGCAGGAAAGCCAGCAGAAGCUGGCAGGAGGUGGCGGUGGUGCCGGCAAACCACACCUUCCUCAUUCCAGAAGGCAUGAGCUUCGAGGAGGCAGCAGCUCUUCCUGUCAACUACAUCACUGCCUACAUGAUGCUGUUUGACUUCGGCAACCUGCGGCCCAACCAGAGCGUCCUAGUCCAUGCUGCUGCAGGUGGUGUGGGCAUCGCAGCCACCCAGCUGUGCAAGACGGUGAAGGACGUGGCUGUGUUUGGCACAGCCUCAGCCAGCAAGCAUGAGACCAUCAGCCAGGGCGGAGUCACACAUCCCAUCGACUACCGCACCAAGGACUAUGUGGAGGAAGUCCGUAAGAUCAGUCCGAAAGGGCUGGAUAUAAUACUGGACCCUCUCGGAGGAUCAGACACCCAUAAGGCCUACAACCUGCUGAAGCCUAUGGGCAAACUUAUUACAUACGGUGCAGCUAAUAUGCUGGCAGGACAGAAGAAAAACCUAAUUGCCGUGGCCAAGAACUGGUACCACCAAUUCUCCAUCCACACGCUCAGUCUGAUCCAGGGAAACAAGUCCGUGUGCGGCUUCCACCUAGGCUACCUUGACGGUGAGACGGAACUCAUCACCGAGACCAUGAAUACCAUUUUGGAUCUCUACAAGCUGGGCAAGAUCAAGCCCCGCAUUGACUCCACUUGGCAUCUUGAGCAGGUGGGUGAUGCCAUGAGAAAGAUGCAAGAGAGGAACAACAUUGGCAAAGUCAUUCUCACCACAGAGCCGAUGCCCGAGGAGGAGAAGAAGGAGGAGCCCAAAAAGGAGGACAAGAAAGAGGACAAGAAGAAGGAGGACAAGAAGAAAGAUGACAAGAAGAAGGACGAUGGUAAGAAGGAGGAGAAGAAGGAUGACAAGAAGAAAGAAGAGGCCAAGAAGGAGGAGAAGGAAGAAGAGAAGAAGGAAGAGGCAAAGAAGGAGGAGAAGUGAGAGAGAUGGAUGGGUAGUCAAGCAGACCAGCAGGGAGUUUGUGUCCUGGGAGCAGGGGUUGAUGUGUGGGAUGAAGGGGUGGGGGGAGGGAUGGGGAUGGAUGAGGUUGGGAAGGUGGGGGUGGAGGGUAGUCAGAAGGGUAAAUUACAAAAAUCAUCACACCACUGUCAGUUUCUCAUCUCUUCCACCUCUCUCUUGAGUCCACAGUGGCAGUGAUUACUCAGGCCUGGCUACACCCACCCCACUCCCAUCUCGUUUUCUUGUCUCUAUCUAAAAAAGCAAAACACAACAUUCCGAUCAUCUGUAACACCUUGUAAGCGCCAAAUUUAGUUCUCUGCCUAACAAGAAAACAGCUGCAACAUUUGAAAGAUUUUUCCUGUUUGAGAAUGACAGGACAAGAAAGCCAUGGAGGGUUGUGGGCAGGGUCCAGGCCUGGGGCAAAUUACUGUUUCCCUGACAACCGUAAUCCCCUCUCGCACUACGACCCCACCCUCGACCCCCCAAGUCCCUCCGCACCUCAACUCCCACUGUGCUAAAUUGUUCUGCUUUGACUUCCACCUGCCACCUCCUGCCCCCCACCCCGCCCCCACUUUGCUGAGUCCCUCCUCAAUCUACCCACAGGCCAGACUCACAGAUAGGCACAAAGACGGGCAGAUAAUCGAAGAACCACACCCACCCACACAUUGCUCUCUUAGUGUCCAAUGCUUAGUUAUGUCACUGAGGAUGAGUCAGAAAUGCCUGUGAUUGGCUGAUACACCCCACCUCCCCUGGAGAUAUUUGCAUCAUGGUUUUGAUCAUAAUGUCUGACUACUCAGAUAAUGGUGCUAAUGCUGCAAGGCCUAACACUACUUAUUAUUUAUCUGGCCUUAGAUUGGAUUUAGCAAGCAUCAGUUAUCAUUUGUGGCAGGGGAAACAGCUCUACACUGCAUGUGUUUCCACUUAAUUUCAGUGAAGUUAAUACAGUGGCUGCUUUGCACUUGCCUGAAUAUGAAUUUCCCUCAUAAUGACCCUUUCUGUGCAAUGUUGAAUAGGGAGGCAGAAAGCAUUGCUCAGCUUCCUUCUCCUUAGUUACUGAUUUUUCUAGCUGACCAACUGUUGGCAAGAAGUGGAUAGUGCCAAUUAAGAGAGAUUUUGUUUCUGUUCAAACAAGCCACAAAUGCACACACAUACACACACACAAACAUAUCCACUCUGGAUGUGAAGAAAGACGCACUGUCACGCUGAGACAGUGGCGCGUCUGAAAUGAGUUAAGAAGGUGAAUACCAGUUCUUUCUCCUCAGGAUCAGGCUUUUAUUCCUCCCUGGUCCUCCUGGAAGCAUUCCACAGCAUUCUGCUCCUUUCACAGCGGCUGCUCGCCUGCCGAUCACUCUGACCAAAGAGGAGAAUUCAGUUCAAGCUGGUGUCCAUACUUCACCUCCCCUCCCUCUCUCUGCUCUACUCUCUCUCUCCCUCCCUCCUCUUCCCGUUUCCCUCUCUAUCGUCGGCAUAGCAACAGGCGUCAGGAUCAUCAGAGAAGGCACUGUGGUUUGUUUUUCUGACUGCCUCUCCCUGCAUCUCUCUGCCUCUCUAACUCUGUAUUUGCCAACAGUCGGUGUUGCUGAUCAGUGUUUCAACAGGUGUAAAAUGUAUACAUUUGAAAUAAUUAAAUGAGGAGGAGAAGCAGUUUUCAUUCUUGUUACUAAUCCCCUACCAAAAUGUUUUUUAAUCAAUCUGAAUUUUAGAUGUAAUAUUGACAAUGUGUGCAGUUAGCAGUACGGUGACUAAAAUGGUGCACCACUCCCCCUAACUGAGCAGUAUGAAUUUUGUCUGGCUACUGUCAUGUUUUAAAUCUAAAUCCCACUAAAUCACUGAUGUAGGCGGAUGAUCGACUUUAAAAUUUAGACAUUUAUCUACCUGCCUGCCAGUCUGCCUGCCUGUGAGUAUGGUCUCAAUGUUGAGAUUCAGAUGGUGGAUA